CACGACAGUUGGAACAUUGCAGACAGUAGCUUUGAAUACUUCGAGACGAGCGGACGUGGUGUGUGUGAUAGCAAAGGAUAACCAAAGGAUACGAUACGAUUAUAAACUAACAAAUUCAAGGAUUAAGCAGCUAAAAUCAAUAAUAAAAGGACUUCAUCUACCACUUCCAACAGUUCAAGCCCUUCAAAAUGAAAUACUUUGAAUUUCUGAGCCUCUCCUCAGUGGGUCUUAGCAUAGCCGUACUGGACAUCCUUAUAGCCCUGAGCAUACUCUGCCCCUCCACGUAUUAUCUGUACUUUGAUUACUUGGAUAUCGAGAGAUGGGAGCAGACCAACGAUGUGGAGGCCUUGAGUGCCUUUGGCACAUUUGUUUCUACUUUGGUGGAUUAUCUCUGGGUGCGUGAAUUCUCGCAGGUCUUUUACAUGACUGCCACACUCAUUAUUUGGGUCAAGGCUUUGAUAAAUCUGGCAGUGGCCUGCCUUCUAGUCGAUGGCAUUAAGCAGAAACGACUGGUUUGCAUUGCCCCUUGGCUGAUCAACACCUAUCUAUCGAUGGCCGUGGAAACUGGCAUUUUUGUGAGUCUAGAACUUCGAAUUGAUGAAGUGGAUGCCGCAGUGGAUCGUCGGAUAGCGCGCAGUCUCAUCUUCGGCGUAUUUUUAGUGCUCAAUGCAUUGGUUUCCUAUGGCAUAUAUGCGCUCUAUCGGAAGCUUAAGUCUACACCAAAUGAAAAUAUCGAAGCCAUUCAACAGAAUCCGCAUACAUUCAAUGCCUGAAACUAAGUAUCCUCAGGGGAUUUGAUUUUUAAAGCAAUGUCUUAAAGCAUUUAUAGGAAAAUAAAAUGAAAUUAAAGCUGGAAAGCGAAAUCUAUGCUACUUU